AUGUUGUCUAGUUAUUUCUCGUGGAUGGAGCAUGUGGAUGCUCGGGUCCUCCGGGCCGGUGGCACCUCUGAUAACCACAUGCGGCCCUUAUAUCUGCCGUACGAGGCUCCACCUCUCCUUCGUGUAGAGCCCGUUUGCACUCUCAGAGACCAUACCGACCGCAUUUGGUGUGUGGCGUGGUGCCCCACGGCUAAUGUUGUGGCGUCUUGCUCUGGUGAUGGAACUGUACGACUGUGGGGUUACAUGUUGAAUGUUGGUCGUGAGGAGAUCCCAAACGGAAGGGACCAAAAUGGAACAUGGAGCUGUAUCUAUACCUUAGAAGGUGAGCAUAGCCGGACUGUGCGUCACGUUUCGUGGAGCCCCAGCGGUACGUUUAUCGCGUGUGCUUCCUUUGACCGUACGGCAAGCGUAUGGAGACGAGUAUCGGACGAUCCGAACUGCUUUGAAUUCGAGUUAGAGGCUAUUCUUGAUGGACACGAAAACGAAGUCAAAUGUGCUGCAUGGGGGACAGACAACACUCUGGCUACUUGCUCACGUGAUCGCACUGUUUGGGUGUGGGACCGUGUCGACGUCGGAGAGUUCGAAUGUGCUGGCGUUCUGGCUGGCCACGCGCAGGACGUUAAGGCGUGUGCAUGGCUUUUUCCAUCCGGCGGGGUAGAGAAACCUCUUCUGUUUUCUUGUUCGUAUGAUAAUACCGUUAAGGUAUGGACGGAAUCGCAUAAGCGGGACGACUGGUACUGUCACCAGACGUUGACAAGGCAUGAUGGUACUGUUUGGUCAGUAGCUGUGCAACCUAUUGAGCAGCCCAUUGACUCAUUACAGAUGGAGGAGGAAGAGAGGGAGGGCACUGCACUGGAGUACAGCCCAGUGGUGUGUUGCAGCUCGGAUGACAAAACUGUUACUUUCUGGAGUCGUGAUGGCGACGGUAAUUUUCGUUCCGUGUGCACUGCUUCUGGGUUUGCAGAGCGUACCAUUUAUUCUGUGGGCUGGGCACCAAGUGGUAGUGAUGUCUCGCCAGCUAUUGUGGCAUGUGGAAGUGGUGAUAACAAGGUAACGCUCUUGGGUGUAUAUCAGUCAAGGGGGUACGAAGAGGUUCAUGUGAGUGUUGUCGCGGAGGUUCCCUCCGCGCACGAGGCGGACGUAAACACGGUUGCUUUCAGUCGUUCCACCAACGAGCUUUGGGGUGACAACAGUCGAGGUGGCGAAGGUUUGUUGUUAGCGUCGGGCGGUGAUGAUAAUAUCGUACGUAUUUGGCGCGUGACUGCAGCGCUGUGA